UUCACCCGAAGUGCGGACGUAAUCAAUCGACGCUCCGUGAAAAAAAUUUUCAAAAAGAGAAAAAUUCUUGUUAAAAUCUUUUUAAAAAUACUCAAAAACAUUAAAAUAGUGAAAACAUAAGAGUUUCCUUAUGGGUGAUUCUUUGGAAAAUCCCGAUACUUCGGUGGAGGCGGUACAAAAUGUAACCAUAGUGGACUAUGGAGCCUUCGCCAAUUACAUACGCAAAGCUGUUACCAUUCUAUUGCCGGAGGAAGAUGUAGUGCCACCGGCUUUGAAUGUAGCACUCGAGGAUUUAGAUAAUCAAGAAAAGAUUAAGAAAUUCUUAUCGGAUCCUCAAGUGCAAGCUUUGUACAUACAAAGAAAUUGCUUAAAAGAAGAUGAAAAUGAACAACCUGCUGAAGGCGAAGAAGAAAAAGAAUUCGUCAACUAUCAAAUCAGCAAUGAUGUUCAUUUCACCAAUAGUCGUAUGGCAUCGUUGGCCUGUAUCAAACGUGGUGCUGUCAUCGAGGCUGACAAGUCCAUACAUUCCCAAUUGCGUUUAAUUAACUUUUCGGAUGGUUCUCCAUACGAAACUUUACACGCUUUCAUUAGCAAAUCAUUGGCACCCUAUUUCAAGUCCUAUGUCAAAGAGUCUGGCCGUGCUGAUCGUGAUGGCGAUAAAAUGGCUCCCUCGGUUGAGAAAAAAUUGGCUGAACUUGAAAUGGGUCUCUUGCAUUUGCAACAAAAUAUUGAUAUACCCGAAAUUACCUUAACGGCUCAUCCUAUGGUUAAUUCCGUUAUACGCAAGUGUUCCGAUGAGAAUCGUAAAGCUAAAGUUGGUGACUUUGGCGAUAAGGUAGAGGAUUCUUCGUUUUUAAAUCAACUUCAGAAUGGUGUUAAUCGUUGGAUUAAGGAAAUUAAAAAGGUUACGAAAUUGGAUCGUGAUCCUUCUUCCGGUACUGCCUUGCAAGAAAUUUCCUUUUGGUUAAACUUGGAAAGGGCACUCUAUCGUAUCCAGGAGAAACGUGAGAGUCCCGAGGUGGCUUUAACCUUGGAUAUUUUAAAGCAUGGUAAACGUUUCCAUGCCACUGUGUCGUUUGAUACUGACACCGGCCUUAAGCAGGCUUUGGCCAUGGUGGCUGAUUAUAAUCCUUUAAUGAAAGAUUUCCCCAUUAAUGACUUACUCUCCGCAACUGAAUUGGAGAAAAUUAGACCUGCUGUUCAGCAGAUUUUCUCCCACUUGCGUAAAGUUCGUAAUACCAAGUAUCCCAUACAACGUUGUCUUAAACUUAUUGAGGCCAUUUCUCGUGACUUGUCUCAACAACUGUUAAAGGUAUUGGGAACUCGUCGUUUAAUGCACAUUCCAUUUGAUGAAUUCGAACGUGUUAUGAAUCAAUGUUUCGAAAUCUUUAGCUGCUGGGAUGAUGAGUACGAUAAGUUGCAAGGACUUUUGCGUGACAUUGUCAAGAAGAAGCGUGAUGAACAUUUGAAAAUGGUAUGGCGUGUUUCGCCUGCCCAUAAGAAGUUGCAGACACGCAUGGAACAUAUGCGCAAAUUCCGCAGACAACAUGAACAAUUGCGCACUGUCAUUUUGCGUGUAUUGCGACCCACCAAGCAACAACAACAAAUUGAAAACAAUGCCAUUGAGGCUAAACAACCCUACAGCUUGGAAGCUGAUGAUGCCAAUGCUAUUGAGGAAGUUAACUUGGCUUAUGAAAAUGUCAAGGAAGUUGAUUGCUUGGACAUUACCAAGGAGGGCUCCGAAGCUUGGGAGGCCGCUGUCAAGCGCUAUGAGGAACGUAUUGAUCGUGUGGAAACACGUAUCACUGCUCACUUACGUGAUCAAUUGGGCACAGCCAAGAAUGCCAAUGAAAUGUUCCGCAUUUUCUCAAGAUUCAAUGCUCUCUUCGUAAGACCUCACAUUCGUGGAGCUAUACGUGAAUAUCAAACUCAACUUAUACAGAGAGUCAAAGAUGAUAUUGAAGCUUUACAUGAGAAAUUUAAGGUUCAAUAUCCCCAAUCCAAAAGCUGUCGCUUAUCUACCGUACGCGAUUUACCCCCAGUCGCUGGUUCCAUUAUUUGGGCUCGUCAGAUUAACAAUCAACUUACCAUGUACUUAAAACGUGUCGAAGAUGUUUUGGGUAAAGGUUGGGAAUCGCACAUUGAGGGCCAGAAACUUAAAGCUGAUGGUGAUAGUUUCCGUGCUAAACUCAACAUCGAUGAAGUAUUUCAAGAAUGGGCUCGUAAAGUACAGGAACGUAACUUCGGCAGCACUGGCCGUAUAUUCACCAUCGAUUCGGCACGUUCUCGUUCGGGUAAAGGUAAUAUCUUAAAGUUACGCGUUAACUUUUUACCCGAAAUCAUAACAUUGUCUAAGGAAGUGAGAAAUAUUAAGAACUUAAGUUUUAGAGUUCCUUUGACAAUUGUUAAUAAGGCUCAUCAGGCUAAUCAAAUUUAUCCUUAUGCCAUUUCCUUGAUUGAAAGUGUUCGCACUUACGAACGUACAUUGGAAAAGCUAAAUAAUAGGAGUUUAGCACAAAAUUCUGUCUUCAAGAUUGAAGACCGUGCUAGUAUUGUACCUUUGGUAGCUGGUUUGCGUAAGGAAGUCUUGAAUUUAGUAUCUGAAGGUAUUGGUCUAGUAUGGGAAUCUUAUAAAUUGGAUCCUUAUGUCUUGCGUUUAUCGGAAUGUGUUACUCAAUUCCAAGAGAAGGUUGAAGAUCUUUUGGUGGUGGAAGAACAAUUGGAUGUUGAUGUGCGCUCUUUGGAGACAUGUCCUUAUAGUGCCGCCACUUUUGUAGAGAUUUUAUCGAAAAUACAACACGCUGUUGAUGAUUUAUCUUUACGUCAAUACUCGAAUUUAAGUGUUUGGGUAUCACGCCUCGAUGAAGAGGUAGAGAAGAAGCUAGCCAUACGUUUGCAGGCUGGUAUUCAGGCCUGGACUGAAGCCUUGACUGGCAAUAAAAAAGAAGUCGACCUUUCUAUGGAUACCGAUGCUCCAGCUCAGCCUACCCAUAAAUUGGGUGGUGAACCUCAAAUACAAAAUGCUGUUCAUGAAAUACGCAUUACCAAUCAGCAGAUGUAUUUGUAUCCUUCCAUCGAGGAGGCUAGAUUCCAAAUUAUGCAACAAUUGUUUGCCUGGCAAGCAAUUGUUACAUCUCAAGUACGUUUGCAAAGCUCACGCUAUCAAGUCGGUUUAGAUAAGCCGGUCUCGCAAACUUACCGCAAUCUUCUUACUAAAUUGCCAGAGAAUAAGAUUUUGGAAAAUGCCUACGAUGCUAUUGAGAGUAAAAUUAGUGAGGUACGCAACUAUGUUGAUGAAUGGUUGCGUUAUCAGUCCUUGUGGGAUCUGCAAGCUGAUACGCUUUACGGCCGUUUGGGCGAAGAUGUUAACUUGUGGAUAAAGUGUUUGAAUGACAUCAAGAAAUCUAGAACUACCUUUGAUACUUCGGAUACUAGACGCGCCUAUGGUCCUAUUGUUAUUGAUUAUGCCAAGGUACAGGCUAAGGUAACUUUGAAAUAUGACUCCUGGCAUAAGGAGGCUUUGGGCAAAUUUGGCACUCUAUUGGGCAAUGAAAUGUCCACCUUCCAUACCAAGGUUUCAAAGUCUAGAACUGAUUUGGAAAUGCAAAGUAUUGAGGCCGCCAGUACUACUGAUGCCGUUAGUUUCAUUACCUAUGUUCAAUCACUUAAAAAGGAAAUGUUGGUCUGGGACAAACAAGUUGAGGUCUUCCGUGAGGCUCAACGCAUUUUGGAACGUCAACGUUUCCAAUUCCCCAACAAUUGGUUGCAUGUCGAUAAUAUCGAAGGAGAAUGGUCUGCCUUCAAUGAAAUUAUUAAACGCAAAGACACUGCUAUACAAACUCAAGUGGCUAGUUUGCAAGCUAAAAUUGUGGCUGAAGAUAAGGCCGUUGAAACUCGUACUAUUGACUUUCUUAAGGAUUGGGAAGAUAAUAAACCCACUGGCGGUAAAAUACGUCCUGAUGAUGCUCUACAACAAUUGCAAAUGUUUGAGAGCAAAUAUUCUCGUUUGAAGGAGGAACGUGAUAAUGUAGCCAAGGCCAAGGAAGCUUUGGAAUUGCAAGAGUCAGCGGUGCCCAAUAACAGUUCGGAACGCAUGAAUGUGGCUUUGGAAGAAUUGCAAGAUUUGCGUGGAGUCUGGAGUGAAUUGUCUAAAGUUUGGACACAAAUUGAUGAAACUCGUGAAAAGCCUUGGUUAUCUGUACAACCACGCAAAUUACGUCAACAGUUGGAGGCUUUGAUGUCUCAGCUCAAAGAAUUGCCCGCUCGUUUGCGUAUGUACGAGUCUUACGAGUAUGUUAAGAAAUUGAUUCAAAGUUACAUCAAGGUUAACAUGUUGAUUGUUGAACUUAAAUCGGAUGCCCUCAAAGAACGUCAUUGGAAACAAUUGACUAAAGAAUUACGUGUUAACUGGGUAAUAUCUGAUCUUACUCUAGGCCAAGUUUGGGAUGUAAACCUACAAAAAAAUGAGAAUAUUGUCAAGGAUAUAAUGCGUGUUGCCCAGGGUGAAAUGGCCUUGGAAGAAUUCUUGAAACAAGUUCGUGACACCUGGCAGAGUUAUGAAUUGGAUUUGAUUAAUUAUCAAAACAAAUGUCGCAUCAUACGUGGCUGGGAUGAUUUGUUCAAUAAGGUUAAGGAACACAUUAACUCGGUGGCUGCCAUGAAAUUGUCACCUUUCUACAAGGUCUUCGAAGAGGAAACCAUAACCUGGGAGGAGAAAUUGAAUCGUAUUAAUGCUCUCUUUGAUGUUUGGAUUGAUGUACAACGUCGCUGGGUUUAUUUGGAGGGUAUUUUCUCAGGCAGUGCUGAUAUUAAGUCCUUGUUGCCUCAAGAAACUUCUAGAUUCCAAAGUAUUAGCUCCGAAUUUUUGGGCCUUAUGAAAAAGGUAGCCAAGUCCCCCAAAGUAAUGGAUGUUUUGAACAUUCCAGCUGUCCAGCGUUCGCUUGAACGUUUGGCUGAUCUUUUGGGCAAAAUACAAAAAGCUUUGGGUGAAUAUUUGGAACGUGAACGUACUUCCUUCCCACGUUUCUACUUUGUGGGUGAUGAAGAUCUUUUAGAAAUUAUUGGCAACAGCAAAAAUAUUGCCCGUUUACAAAAACAUUUCAAGAAAAUGUUUGCCGGUAUUGCUGCCAUACUUUUGAAUGAAGACAACACCGUCAUCUUGGGUAUUUCUUCACGCGAGGGAGAAGAAGUUAAAUUCAUUAAUCCUGUAUCUACGGUGGAACAUCCUAAGAUUAAUGAAUGGUUGUCUUUGGUGGAAAAACAAAUGCGUUUCACUUUGGCUUCUCUAUUGGCUCAAGCUGUCCAAGAUAUUAAGCAAUUCCGUGAAGGACAAAUUGAACCUCAAAAAUAUAUGGAAUGGUGUGAUAAAUAUCAAGCCCAAAUCGUGGUUUUAGCUGCCCAAAUUCUUUGGUCUGAGGAUGUAGAAGCUGGUUUGCAACAGGCCUCUGAGGCUAACAGCACCAAACCCUUGCAACGUGUCUUGGGCACUGUAGAGUCUACUCUCAAUGUUUUAGCCGAUUCGGUAUUGCAAGAACAGCCAGCUUUGCGCAGAAAGAAAUUGGAACAUUUGAUUAAUGAAUUUGUACACAAACGUACGGUAACCCGACGUUUGAUUACCAAUGGUGUCACCAGUCCUAAAUCUUUCCAAUGGUUAUGUGAAAUGAGAUUCUAUUUCGAUCCUAGACAAACUGAGGUUUUACAACAACUUACUAUUCAUAUGGCCAAUGCUCGCUUCUUCUACGGCUUCGAGUAUUUGGGCGUACAAGAUCGUCUGGUUCAAACUCCUUUAACAGAUCGUUGCUAUUUGACUAUGACUCAAGCUUUAGAAUCACGUUUGGGUGGUUCUCCUUUCGGUCCUGCUGGUACGGGUAAAACUGAAUCCGUCAAAGCUUUGGGCAAUCAAUUGGGUCGCUUUGUCUUGGUCUUCAAUUGUGAUGAAACAUUUGAUUUCCAAGCUAUGGGUCGUAUUUUCGUGGGUCUUUGUCAAGUAGGUGCUUGGGGUUGCUUCGACGAAUUCAAUCGUUUGGAAGAACGUAUGCUUUCCGCUUGUUCGCAACAAAUUCAAACUAUACAGGAAGCUUUGAAAUACGAAAUGGAUACCAAUAAGGAAAGUAUCACCGUGGAAUUGGUGGGUAAACAAGUGCGCGUAUCUUCCGAUAUGGCUAUCUUCAUUACCAUGAAUCCUGGUUAUGCUGGACGUUCUAAUUUACCCGAUAACUUGAAGAAACUCUUCCGUUCAUUGGCUAUGACCAAACCUGAUCGUCAACUUAUUGCCGAGGUGAUGUUAUUCUCACAAGGUUUCCGUUCGGCUGAAAAAUUGGCCUGCAAGAUUGUACCCUUCUUUAAGUUGUGUGACGAACAGUUGUCUAAUCAAUCUCAUUACGAUUUUGGCUUGCGUGCCUUAAAAUCGGUGCUCAUUUCUGCUGGUAAUGUUAAACGUGAUCGUAUACAGAAAAUCAAGGAGACCUUAAAGGCUAGAGGCGAAGAAAAUAUUGAUGAGGCUCAAGUGGCUGAAAAUCUACCCGAACAAGAAAUUCUCAUACAAUCGGUGUGUGAAACAAUGGUUCCCAAAUUGGUGGCUGAAGAUAUUCCUCUACUAUUCUCUCUUUUGAGUGAUGUGUUCCCCAAUGUAGGUUAUACUCGCGCUGAAAUGAAGGGCUUGAAAGAUGAAAUCCGUAAAGUUUGCCAAGAGGAUUAUUUGGUUUGUGGUGAAGGUGAUGAACAAGGAGCUGCUUGGAUGGAAAAAGGAUUUGGUGAAACUUGGGUUGAUAAAGUUUUACAACUUUAUCAAAUUUCCCGUCUCAAUCAUGGUCUUAUGAUGGUGGGUCCCUCCGGCUCAGGUAAAUCUACCGCCUGGCGUACUUUGCUAAAGGCUCUUGAACGUUAUGAGGGCGUAGAGGGCGUGGCUCAUGUCAUUGAUCCCAAAGCCAUUUCUAAAGAAGCUCUUUAUGGUGUUAUGGAUCCCAAUACACGUGAAUGGACUGAUGGUUUGUUUACUCAUGUCUUGCGUAAAAUUAUCGAUAAUGUUCGUGGUGAAAUCAAUAAACGUCAAUGGAUUAUUUUCGAUGGUGAUGUCGAUCCUGAAUGGGUUGAAAAUUUGAAUUCCGUUUUGGAUGACAAUAAACUUUUGACUCUACCCAAUGGUGAACGUUUGUCUUUGCCACCAAAUGUACGCAUUAUGUUUGAGGUUCAAGAUUUGAAAUUUGCCACUUUGGCUACUGUUUCUCGUUGUGGUAUGGUUUGGUUCUCUGAGGAUGUUCUCUCGACUGAGAUGAUCUUUGAAAAUUAUUUAUCACGUUUGCGCUCCAUACCCUUGGAGGAUAAUGACGAUGACUUUGUGGGCAUUGUUAAGCCUGUUAAAGAUAAAGAAGAUGAAGUCUCUCCCUCUUUGCAAGUGCAACGAGAUAUUGCUUUACUAUUGCAACCCUUCUUUUCGGCCGAUGGCAUUGUGGUACGCAGUUUGGAAUAUGCCAUGGAUCAAGAGCACAUCAUGGACUUUACACGUCUAAGGGCUUUAAGUUCUUUGUUCUCUAUGUUGAAUCAAGCAGCAAGAAAUGUCUUAAACUAUAAUUCGACUCAUCCCGAUUUUCCUUGCUCCGCCGAUCAGUUAGAGCAUUAUAUACCAAAGGCUUUGAUUUACUCAGUUUUGUGGUCCUUUGCUGGUGAUGCUAAACUUAAGGUACGCACUGAUUUGGGUGAUUUUGUACGUAGUGUUACUACCGUACCACUACCAGGCUCCUCUGGUGUACCUAUUAUUGAUUUCGAAGUUAGCAUGAACGGUGAAUGGGUGCCUUGGUCUAACAAAGUGCCCGUUAUUGAAGUGGAAACUCAUAAAGUGGCUUCUCCUGAUAUUGUGGUACCCACAUUGGAUACCGUGCGUCAUGAAUCUUUACUGUACACUUGGUUGGCUGAACACAAACCUUUGGUAUUGUGCGGUCCUCCUGGUUCUGGUAAGACUAUGACCUUGUUCUCAGCCUUGAGAGCUCUUCCCGAUAUGGAAGUUGUUGGCUUGAAUUUCUCUUCGGCCACUACACCCGAACUUUUACUCAAGACCUUCGAUCAUUAUUGCGAGUACCGUAAGACACCAAAUGGUGUUGUUCUAUCUCCCGUUCAAAUUGGCAAAUGGUUGGUAUUGUUCUGUGAUGAAAUCAAUUUGCCCGAUAUGGACUCAUAUGGCACUCAGCGUGUUAUUUCAUUCUUGCGUCAGCUGGUUGAACACAAAGGUUUCUAUAGAGCCAGUGAUCAAGCUUGGGUAUCUUUGGAACGUAUUCAAUUUGUGGGAGCCUGUAAUCCACCCACUGAUCCAGGUCGUAAACCUCUUUCUCAUCGUUUCUUGAGACAUGUACCCAUCAUUUAUGUCGAUUAUCCUGGAGAGACCUCAUUAAAACAAAUUUAUGGCACAUUCUCGAGAGCCAUGUUGCGCUUAAUGCCCACUCUUCGUGGUUAUGCCGAACCUUUGACCAACGCUAUGGUAGAAUUCUAUUUGGCCUCUCAAGAUCGCUUCACGCAAGACAUGCAACCGCAUUAUGUGUACUCUCCUCGUGAAAUGACUCGUUGGGUACGUGGCAUAUGCGAAGCUAUACGUCCACUUGAUUCACUACCAGUUGAAGGUCUAGUACGCAUUUGGGCUCAUGAAGCUUUACGUCUAUUCCAAGAUCGUUUGGUUGACGACACCGAACGUAGAUGGACGAAUGAGAAUAUUGAUACUGUAGCCUUAAAACACUUCCCCGGCAUUAAUUCCGAGGAAGCUUUGGCUCGUCCCAUUUUGUACAGUAACUGGUUGUCUAAGGAUUACAUGCCGGUCAAUCGUGAAGAAUUACGUGAUUACGUACGUGCUCGCCUCAAGGUCUUCUACGAGGAAGAAUUGGAUGUUCCACUGGUACUUUUCGACGAAGUUUUGGAACAUGUUCUACGUAUCGAUCGUAUUUUCCGUCAACCACAAGGUCACUUGCUAUUGAUUGGUGUUUCGGGUGCUGGUAAAACUACACUCUCGCGUUUUGUUGCUUGGAUGAAUGGUCUCUCGAUAUUCCAAAUUAAAGUCCAUAAUAAAUAUACCGGUGAAGAUUUUGAUGAAGAUUUACGUUCGGUAUUACGUCGUUCGGGUUGCAGAGAUGAAAAGAUUGCUUUCAUCUUGGAUGAAUCUAACGUUUUAGAUUCUGGCUUCUUGGAACGUAUGAACACUUUGCUGGCUAACGGUGAAGUACCUGGUCUGUUCGAGGGAGAUGAGUACACUACUCUAAUGACUCAGUGUAAGGAGGGUGCUCAACGUGAGGGUCUUAUGUUGGAUUCAAGUGAUGAAUUGUAUAAAUGGUUCACUCAACAAGUCAUGCGUAAUUUACACGUUGUCUUCACCAUGAAUCCCUCUACUGAUGGCCUUAAAGACCGUGCUGCCACCUCACCAGCCUUGUUCAAUCGUUGUGUACUCAAUUGGUUCGGUGACUGGUCCGAUUCUGCCCUCUUCCAAGUUGGCAAAGAAUUCACAACACGCGUUGAUUUGGAAAAACCAUCUUGGACACCACCCGAUUUCUUCCCAGCAGUCUGUCCCCUCGUGCCAACUCAGCCCACUCACCGUGAUGCUGUCAUCAACAGUUGUGUCUAUGUACAUCAGACUUUACAUCAAGCCAAUGCUCGUUUGGCUAAACGUGGCGGACGCACCAUGGCUGUCACACCACGUCAUUAUCUAGAUUUCAUUCAUCACUUCGUCAAACUGUACAAUGAAAAACGCAGUGAUUUGGAGGAACAACAAUUGCAUUUGAAUGUCGGUCUUAAUAAGAUUGCCGAAACUGUGGAACAAGUCGAAGAAAUGCAAAAGUCAUUGGCUGUUAAAAAACAAGAACUACAGGCCAAGAAUGAGGCCGCCAAUGCUAAACUUAAACAAAUGUUUAAGGAUCAACAGGAGGCCGAAGUUAAGAAGAUACAAUCUCAAGAAUUGCAAAAUAAAUUGGCCGAACAAACCGUCAAGAUUGAGGAGAAACGUAAAUAUGUCAUGGCCGAUUUGGCUCAAGUAGAACCUGCUGUUAUUGAAGCACAACAAGCUGUAAAAUCGAUACGCAAACAACAACUUGUUGAAGUGAGAACUAUGGCAAAUCCACCUUCCGUGGUUAAAUUGGCACUUGAAUCGAUCUGUUUGUUGCUGGGUGAAAAUGCCAACGAUUGGAAAUCGAUUCGUGCUGUUAUAAUGCGUGAAAAUUUUAUAAAUUCAAUUGUAUCUAACUUCAGUACUGAAAUGAUAACCGAUGAUGUUCGUGAAAAGAUGAAAUCGAAAUAUUUAAGCAAUCCUGACUAUAACUUUGAAAAGGUUAAUCGUGCUUCAUUGGCUUGCGGUCCUAUGGUUAAAUGGGCUAUUGCUCAGAUCGAAUACGCUGACAUGUUGAAACGCGUUGAGCCGCUACGUGAUGAAUUACGCUCACUUGAAGAUCAAGCUGAAGUCAACAAGAAAAACGCUGAUGAAACUAAAUCACUUGUGGAACAAUUAGAACAAAGUAUUUCUGCCUAUAAGGAAGAAUAUGCUCAAUUGAUUUCUCAAGCACAAGCUAUUAAAACCGAUUUGGAGAAUGUACAAGCCAAGGUCGAUCGUUCGAUUGCUUUACUCAAGAGUUUGAAUAUUGAACGUGAACGUUGGGAAUGUACUAGUGAAACCUUUAAAUCACAAAUGUCCACCAUUAUUGGUGAUGUUCUACUAUCGGCUGCUUUUAUAGCCUAUGGAGGUUAUUUCGAUCAACAUUAUCGUACCAAUCUCUUUACCACCUGGUCACAACAUUUACAAUCAGCCAAUAUACAAUAUAGAGGUGAUAUUGCACGCACUGAAUAUCUCUCGAAUCCCGAUGAACGUUUGAGAUGGCAGGCCAAUGCUUUACCCACUGAUGAUCUUUGCACUGAGAAUGCUAUAAUGUUGAAGAGAUUCAACAGAUAUCCAUUGAUCAUUGAUCCUUCUGGUCAGGCAACCACUUUCUUGUUGAAUGAAUAUGCUGGCAAAAAGAUUACCAAAACUUCGUUCUUGGAUGAUUCGUUCCGUAAGAAUUUGGAAUCAGCCUUGCGUUUCGGUAAUCCGCUAUUAGUGCAGGAUGUUGAAAAUUACGAUCCCAUAUUGAAUCCCGUUUUGAAUCGUGAAUUGAGAAGAAGUGGCGGCAGAGUUUUGAUAACAUUGGGCGAUCAAGAUAUCGAUCUGUCACCCUCAUUUGUUAUCUUCUUGUCUACACGUGAUCCUACUGUCGAAUUUCCACCCGACAUUUGUUCUCGUGUAACAUUCGUCAACUUCACUGUGACCAGAAGCUCAUUGCAAUCUCAGUGUUUGAAUCAAGUAUUAAAGGCCGAACGUCCCGAUAUCGAUGAGAAGAGAUCGGAUUUAUUGAAAUUACAAGGCGAAUUCCGUUUGCGUUUGCGUCAAUUGGAAAAGAGUCUGUUGCAGGCUUUGAACGAUGCCAAGGGUAAGAUUUUGGAUGAUGAUUCUGUUAUUGCUACCUUGGAGACCUUGAAGAAGGAGGCUUAUGACAUCAACCAGAAGGUGGAUGAAACUGAUAAGGUUAUAGCUGAAAUUGAAACGGUAUCACAACAAUAUUUGCCUUUGUCGGUGGCCUGCAGUAACAUCUACUUUACCAUGGACAGUUUGAAUCAAGUUCACUUCUUGUAUCAAUACUCAUUGAAAAUGUUCUUGGACAUAUUUUCCACUGUUUUGUAUAACAAUAAGAAAUUGGAAGGCAAGUCCGAUAACACUGAACGAUUGGGCAUUAUUACGCGCGAUCUAUUCCAGGUAUGCUAUGAUCGUGUAGCUCGUGGUAUGUUGCACAAUGAUAGAUUGACCUUUGCUCUGCUGAUGUGCAAGAUUCACUUGAAGGGCACUUCUGAAAUGAAUCUAGAUCCUGAAUUCAGCUUCUUCUUGAGAAGCAAAGAAGGUCUUUUGGCUAAUCCUACUCCAGUGGAGGGCUUAACACACGAACAAAUAGAUGGCGUUAAUCGUUUGGCAACAAGAGUUCCAAUAUUCCGCAAAUUGAUCGACAAAUUACGUUCGAUUCCCGAAUUAGGAGCCUGGUUACAACAGAGUUCGCCCGAACAAUGUGUACCUCAGCUAUGGGAUGAGUCUAAGGCUUUGACACCCAUUGCCACUUCGGUACAUCAAUUGCUGUUGAUCCAGGCCUUUAGACCAGAUCGUGUUAUUGCUGCUGCCCACAAUGUAGUCAAUGCCGUAUUAGGAGAAGACUUUAUGCAAACGGCUGAAGAUGAAUUAGACUUUGCUGCUGUUGUUGAGAAACAAUUGAAUGCCAAUACUCCAGCUUUGUUAUGUUCUGUGCCCGGUUUCGAUGCUUCAGGCCGUGUAGAUGAUUUAGCUGCUGAAUUGAAUAAACAAAUCUCCAGUAUUGCUAUUGGUUCUGCUGAAGGUUUCAAUCAAGCUGAAAGUGCCAUUAAUAUGGCUUGCAAGACUGGCCGUUGGGUAUUGCUUAAGAACGUGCAUUUGGCUCCUCAAUGGUUGGUACAACUCGAAAAGAAAUUACACUCUUUGCAGCCACAUUCUGGUUUCCGUCUCUUCUUAACCAUGGAAAUUAAUCCUAAAGUACCAGUUAAUCUCUUGAGAGCCGGCAGAAUCUUUGUCUUUGAACCACCACCAGGCAUCAGAGCCAAUUUGUUGAGAACCUUCAAUACCGUGCCACCAGGCCGCAUGAUGAAGACACCCAGUGAAAGAGCCAGAUUGUACUUCCUGUUGGCCUGGUUCCACGCCAUUGUACAGGAACGUUUGCGUUACGUUCCUCUGGGUUGGGCCAAGAAAUACGAAUUCAAUGAAAGUGAUUUGAGAGUGGCUUGUGAUACGCUCGACACUUGGAUUGAUACUACCGCCAUGGGCAGAACUAAUUUGCCACCAGAGAAAGUACCAUGGGAUGCUUUAGUAACUCUACUAUCGCAAUCGAUCUAUGGUGGUAAAAUCGAUAACGAUUUCGAUCAACGUCUAUUGACUUCGUUCUUGAAGAAACUCUUUACCGCCAGAUCGUUUGAAGCUGACUUUGCUUUGGUCGCUAAUGUGGAUGGAGCCAGUGGAGGUCAGCGUCAUAUUACCAUGCCCGAUGGCACUAGAAGAGAUCAUUUCCUUAAAUGGAUUGAAAAUCUCACUGAUAGGCAAACACCUUCCUGGCUGGGUCUGCCCAAUAACGCUGAAAAAGUGUUACUCACCACUCGUGGUACUGACUUGGUCAGUAAGUUGCUGAAGAUGCAGCAGCUAGAGGAUGAUGAAGAAUUGGCCUAUACCAUAGAGGAAACCAAUGAACAGGCCGCUGCUGCUGCAGCUCAACGUCAAGAAGAUGGCCGUCCUUCCUGGAUGAAGGUAUUGCAUAAUUCCGCCACCGCAUGGUUGGAAUUGUUGCCAAAGAAUCUGGCCACUCUCAAGAGAACUGUGGAGAAUAUCAAAGAUCCUUUGUAUCGUUACUUUGAACGUGAAGUUACAAUGGGCGCUAAAUUGCUACAAACUGUCAUUUCCGAUUUACAAGAUGUUGUGCUCAUCUGUCAAGGUGAAAAGAAACAAACUAAUCAUCAUCGUUCCAUGCUGUCUGAGCUAGUACGUGGCAUUAUCCCCAAAGGAUGGAAACGUUAUACAGUGCCAGCUGGCUGCACUGUUAUACAAUGGAUUACCGAUUUCAGUAAUCGUAUUAAACAAUUGCAAAAAGUCUCACAAUUGGUGUCACAAGCUGGCGCUAAAGAAUUGCAAGGUUUCCAUGUUUGGUUGGGUGGUCUUUUGAAUCCUGAAGCUUAUAUUACUGCCACUAGACAGUGUGUAGCUCAAGCUAAUAGCUGGUCUUUGGAAGAAUUGGCAUUGGAAGUCACCAUUACCGAAACUGGAGCAAAUGCCGAAUCUAAGGAUAGUAGUUUUGGUGUAACCGGCUUGAAAUUGCAAGGAGCUCAGUGCAAGAACAAUGAAUUGUUGUUGGCCUCGACUAUUAUGAUGGAUCUACCAGUUACGGUGUUGAAAUGGGUCAAAUUAACCAGCGAACAUCGUGUCAGCAAAUUGACUUUGCCUGUCUACUUGAAUUCCACACGCACAGAACUUUUGUUUACUGUUGAUUUGGCUGUAGCCGCAGGACAAGAUCCACACAGUUUCUAUGAGCGUGGUGUAGCUGUAUUAACUUCAACAGCUUUGAAUUAAAUUUAAUAAAUAUUCCUUAAACAAUUAUUUAAAAAUCUAAAUAUUCAAAAUAAUUAAAAACUUAAUAUUAUACUUGAAUUUAAAACUAAUUCCCUUUAAAUUUUGUUAACCUAUUCCCUAUUACAUACUUAAUCUAAUUAAAUUAACUAUUCCAAUGUCUAACAUUAUACAUUUUUUUUAAAUAAUUUCUUUAAAACAUUCUUAUUUCAAUAAAAAAUUAUAAAUUUUUCUUUUCAAA